GCGCGCAUUCAGUUUGGCUAUUGAAGAAAAUCGGUCUCGAAAGAACUGACUGUCUCGAUCGUGCACGAGGGAUCUCAAAGCAUUGAUGAUAGACAGCGGCAGAGCAGCGCAAGCAGCGACUUGCCGACUGCGACAGCGGGACAGAGCGGCAAUUAAAUGUAAAACGACCGAUUUCACAGCGUUUUCGAAGUCCUAAAGCCCUGUUCCUAUCAUGAAUGAAUAGAUGACGAAGAGGAACCAGGGAAAGGAAGACUGGAGGUUCGCUUCUCUCAUCACGGGGUGCGGGUGAAAGAGGGGUAACAUUGGUCAAAAACGUAAAAAGAGAAUAACCGCACUAUUAUCAGUCGCGUCUGUCUGUCGUGAGAUGACAAAGAUUCAUUGAAGUGGCGGAUCAUGUCUCAGAAGAAGAUAUUCCUGGUCAUUGUGGCGAUCAGUACCGUCAGUCUACUGCUGCACCAUGGGGGCCACUUCAGCUGGACGAUGGAAGCCCUUCACCUGGGCUGCCCGUCGCUGCGCACCCACCCGUCCUUCUCUCUCAAGCCCAAACACACCAACGUGGCCUUUCUCAAGACGCACAAGACCGCCAGCACCACCAUGCAGAAUCUGCUCUUCCGCUUCGCCGAGCGCCACAACCUGACCGUGGCGCUCCCCGUGCAGGCCUGCGGACAUCAGUUCUGCUACCCGCGCACUUUCAGCGCCCACCUCGUCCACCCACACACCCUGCCACCCAACGUGGUCACCAGCCACAUGCGCUUCAACCUUGCCGAGAUGCAGCGCCUCAUGCCUAACGAUACCAUCUACGUGACCAUACUUCGAGAACCAGGGUCCAUGUUUGAAUCGUUGUUCAGCUACUAUAACCAGUACUGUCAGAGUUUUAAGAGAGUUCCCAAUGGGUCUCUGGAGGCGUUUCUGGACGAGCCGUGGCGGUACUACCGUCCGGACGAGAAUGACUCCAUGUAUGCCCGUAACACUCUGACUUUUGACCUGGGCGGGGACAAGGACCAUCCGGAGGCGGACGUGGCUGCGUACGCCCGGGACUUCGUGGCCAAGACGGAGCGUGUCUUCUCCCUGGUGAUGAUCGCCGAGUACUUUGAUGAGUCGCUGAUCCUCCUCCGUCACCUCCUCUCCUGGGAUCUGGAAGAUAUGCUCUACGUCAAGCUCAACAUGCGGACAUCCGGCUCCAAGCACAGCCUCUCGCUGGGCCUCCCCGCCAAGAUCCGCGCCUGGAACCACCUGGAUGCACGCCUCUACGACCACUUCAACACCUCGCUGUGGCGCCAGCUGGCAGCCCUGGGCCCAGCGUGCGUGGCCAGGGAGCUGCGGCUGCUCCGCAGGGCCCAGGAGAAGCUGGUGAGGGGCUGCUUCGGCGGAGGGCUCCCCCAGCUCCGCUCGGCCGCCCAGAUCAAGAACAAGGAGCUGCGGCCAUGGCAGCCCAGCGCAAAGGUGGACAUCGUGGGCUAUGAUCUGCCGACCAACACCAAUGCUACACGGCCCGGAAGCCUGGCCCACGAGCUGUGUCUUAAGCUCAUCAUGCCCGAGGUCCAGUACACCAGGGUCCUGCUACGAUCGCAGUCGCUACGCUACCGACGCAGCUACCCCCUCCGCUCCCCUCAGCCCCAGCAGCCCAUACGGUCGGUCUUAUCACGCCGCCAACAUGUGGGGAUGCAGCAGAUGCACCGGCAGGCCCCUCCUCUAGGACCUGGUCCUGCCUCGAGCCCCACAGCCACUCCUCGACCCCCAGGGACCCAGAGCAGGGCCACUUGGGUGGGACUAAGGUCCUCGGGCCCCCAGAGGAAGACACCAUAACUUAAGACUGGGCCCCAGCCUUUAAUAUAGAAUGAAUACAGACAGACUGAAUACAGAAAGACAGACAAACAGACAGACAGAUUGAAUACAGACAGACUAAAUGCAGACAGACAGUCCUCCACACUUAAAAAUGCUGGGUUGUUUGGUUAACCCAACUGCUGGGUUGCAGGCAUUGGGUCACUUAGUUCAAUUUUUUUCUUUCAAACUGCUGAGUUAUUGACGCUGGGUGCUGGGAAAUUGAGAUAUGACCCAGCGGGUCAGCUCAGAAAACUGGAGGCGUAGUUUAUUAUUAGGCCUGGCUUUCAGAUAGUUAUUUUUAGCAUCCCAUGACAGUAAAUGUCAUUCCUGUUCAUCCUGUUUUAUAGUUAUCACAUGUUAAGGUUAAACAUUGACAUUUUUGUAGAUUCAAUAAGGCUUACAGAAGUGUGUGAGUUCCCUAAAAACCUAUGGAAAUUCCAUUGUUGGGAUACAAUAAGGUGGUACAGUAUACAUUAUUAUAAUAUGUAGUAAAUAAUCUUAAUAUUAUAGAAGAAUGUGUAAAAUACAAAAACAAUUAAGUAAAAUUUGAAUUUGCUGUAUGUAACUUAACAUGGGUGGCCGAUAAGAUCUAGCUGAAAGUCACACCCCUAAUAAGACCCACUUCCUGAAAAUGACCAAAGGAUUAUAUUCAAAAGGCCCCAGCUGCUAGGUAAACCCAGCAUGAGAGUAAAAAAUACCCAACACAUGGUUGAAUUAACCCAUGUCUGGGUAAUCCCAACAACCCAACAUGUUGGGUUAUUCACACAAACCAACUGGCUGGGUCAAAAGAACCCAACGUGUUAAAUCCACUAUUUAAAUAGCACUGGGUUAAAUUGGGUUGUUUUUAGCAAAUCAAUUUUUAGGACGCAGACUUCAGCCAUUGGUUUCAAGGGAUUAUAUCAGGGGGCUCUGGAGGAGAGAGGAAGAGAAGGGGGAAGGACACCACCAGAUUGAGACUAGAGGUUGGGCCACAGCAAUAUGGGCAUGGGCGGAGCACUCCUAUUCAUCGUGAACUCUGUAUGGAACAAUAGAGAACUGUUACUCUCUCUUUCUCGCUAUCUCUCUCUCUCUCUAAUACCAUCCUCCCCCUCUCAAGAGAGGAUCACUGCUCUGGGUGUGUAUCCUCCAACCCUCCAGCCAGGCCAGCUCUUGACCUCUCCCCAAAUGACUCUCCCCCCACUGUGGGAGUUAGGCCCCAGGACAGAGGUCAAAGGUCAGCCUAAGGACCGCUGGCAUAUCUCCCUGCCGAGCCUAUCCCCUAACCCGUCUAUCCCCUAACACAGUCUAUCCCCUAACCCGGUCUAUCCCCUAACCCAGUCUAUCCCUUAACCCGGUCUAUCCCUUAACCCGGUCUAUCCCCUAACCCGGUCUAUCCCCUGACCUGGUCUAUCCUCCUACCCCGGCAUAUUCCUUAACCCGGUCUAUCCCCUAACCCGGUCUAUCUCCUAACCCCCUCAUACACACACACAGCCCUCUACCGGCUCUCUCCCUCCAGGCAGCCUGCUUUAGAACAACUCUCUCUCCUCUCCACCAGCAACUCAACCAGAUAUGGGAUGUUUUUACAUUUGGGAAUCUGUGUGCGUGUGCGUGUGCGUGUGUGUGUGUGUGUGUGUGUGUGUGUGUGUGUGUGUGUGUGUGUGUGUGUGUGUGUGUGUGUGAAAGCUUUAUUCCUACAUGUUUCUUCUAUCUGGGCGUUAUUGCAAUAAAGUUAUCUUGGUCAAGUCUUGUAAAGGUAUAUGGUCUUAUAACCAUACGACACACACACACACACACACAAACACACACACUGAGGACUGGACUCAAGCCUGUGUGAUGCAAACCUGCUGAAAGACAUGACGAGUGAGAGCUACAGUGUUAAUAUUUAAUGAUGUCUCCUUGGAAGGAUCCUCCACUUGGGUUACACAGCGAAACACACACACACACACACACACACACACACACACACACACACACACACACACAGCAGAGUAUUUUCAUUAGAGAAGUGUGGACCAUGCCAAAGCAGCUUACCUAUCAGAAGCAAAACAGAAGGAGGAACUACCUACCUAUACGGUACUGGAUCUCCUUUCGUUAGGACACGCUGUAACGGGUCCUGUUCGUUAGGACACGCUGUAACGGGUCCUGUUCGUUAGGACACGCUGUAAUGGGUCCUGUUCGUUAGGACACGCUGUAACGGGUCCUGUUCGUUAGGACACGCUGUAAUGGGUCCUGUUCGUUAGGACACGCUGCGGAAAACGGUUUAUGCAGUUGGUUGUUCAUGUUUAAUGUGGUUAGUAUGUUUUACUCUAAUUACCUUUUAAUGGUAUGGUAUGAACUGACCGGGGAGACCUCGUGUGUGUGUGUGUGUGUGUGUGUGUGCGCGCGCGUGUGUGUGUGUGUGUGUGUGUGUGUGUGUGUGUGUGUGUGUGUGUAUGUGUGACUUGUAUUUGUGUUUGUUUACCUUCAAUUUAUAUUUACAAUUUUGGAACAGAACAUUGUAUGUGGAACAAUCACUUAUGGCAAUACAUACUGUACUGUACACGUUCUGAUGAAUAAAAUAUUUUCUACAUAGGCCAACCACAAAAGCCACUCAUACUGCACCAAGUGUACUCACUUAAGCAUUCAUUUGAUUGUGUUUUAAGUGCUUCAUAUGCUCUAGUAUGUUUUCCCAAAUGGCACCCUAUUCCCUACAUAGUGCACUACAAAUAAUGCACUAUGUAGGGAAUAGGUUGCCUUUUGGAACACAGUCCUAGUCUAGUGGAAAGAGGACCGUGUAGAAAGAGAACUGUCAGAAGGGGAACUUGUCCCUGUGAAAUCCUGCAUGUUCAACUGCUGUUCAUUUUUAAAGUGCUCUUUGAUAGUACUCUAUUUCUUAGUCCAAAAUGGCACCCUAUUCCCUAUAUAGUGCACUAUUUUUGACCAGAGCCUUAUGGGCCCUGGUCAAAAGUAGUGGACUAAAUAAGGAGUAGGGUGCCAUUUGGGAUGUAGCGUACCGUGGCCGGUGUCUAUGUGAGAGAAAAACAGCACACAACUUAUCCACAACUCAAUGUUAACCAGCCUAGUUUUAGGAAGGCUAGACUAGCAGUUACAUGUUUUACUACUCUCUUCAGUUUAGCUUUCAAAUUCUCUUUUAGAACAACGUGGAACAAAAGUUUUCUUUGAGAAUGAACCGUGUUCUGUUUUUAGAGUGUCUCUUUCAACAAAUGCUGUGUCUUUUUUGGGGGCGUAUUUUUGAGAGAGAAAGUGUCGAUGUGAUACAAUGAUGCGCUGGAUCUUUUCCCUGUGACUAUAUUUUCAGUGACAUUGUCUCCUUUCCAUGGCAUCCAUUCAUUCUCAUACCAUAUUUAUUGACUUUGUAGUUGAACUGAAAGGGGCCUUUCUGUUUUCAACUGGGGGACUGAUCAUAUAUGAGUAGGGUGAAGUUGCCCCUAGACGCUGAUCUAGGGUCAGUUUCGCAUUUCCCCCAGUAACGGUUAAGGUUAUUAUUGGGGAAGGGGAAGCUGAUCCUAGAUCUGUACCUACGGGAAACUUUACCUAGAUCAUACAGCUAGAGACAAUCAGAACUAGACUUCCCAAAGCUUUGUACUGAGGGAUGAUGGGGGAAAAGCAACCAUUAAAAGUUGAAUGAUUAAAAUCAA